CGCACCGACUUGUCUCCAGGCUUCCACUUUGAUGAUUGUGAUGCUGCGACACACACUGGGGCCCACUGCCGAUAACCAAACGCCAGACUAUCUCAAGCGGCGUCUCACUCUUUACCUAACGCGUCCCACUUGGAUAUCGGUAGCCGCAACCCCCGUGACUUGGUAAUGCUGGAGGCGAAACGCCAUCAAUAUGACGAAUCUCUAAAUUUCACCUAUUUGGUCGACGAUUCGGAGCAUCGCGCGUGGGCAGUUCCAAGAAAAGUUAACUCGCGCAUCCGCGUGGCCGGCGGGGAGGGUGAUUGGAUGGGGAAGUUGGAGCUAGAUGGUUUUAGGAUCUCACCGUCGAAUCAGCGCAUUGCAGAGUUUCAUCGUCUUAUCAAAAACGGGCAUUUCUGGGGGAAGGGGGACCCCAAAUUUCUCCAGUUCCCCGUCCCCAACAUGGGCCGUUCUCGGGGGCCCCGAUUGUCUAUCGCCCAUUGAGAAAUGUCCCGAAUUCUGUGCACUAGCUGCGUUAUCAACUGCCCCCAUCAGUGCCGGUAGUCUGACGCCUUAGAGGAUCAUCAGUCCCGGUUGCGUUCCCGGUUCC